AGCUCUCCUCCCAGUCAGAGAUCUCCGCCCCAGUCAUCUUGGACUACAGCUCGGAGCCCGGAUGCGCCGCCAUGCCGACUCUAUCAGCGAAUGGAAUAAUUUAUUCACCAACCUGGUUGAUACUGGGCGACUAGGAGUUCACCGAAGAAGUCGACAAGACUGUUUGGAGGCCAGAGAAGACUUUACCGCGGACACACUUGCACGGGAUACCCGCGCUGUCUUCACUUGCAUGUUCGCGUUGCUUGCCACCGUUGUAUCGAUGUAGGGACACUUGAGUGCUAGCUACGCUAACGUUAGCUCGAGUGGAGAGAGUGCGCGGUAGUGACAGUCCGGCCGGAGGCGGGGAGAACUGUGAGAUCCAGAAAACUUUCCAUGUCUGCAUCAGCCCUGAAAACCAAAAGAGAUGUCUGUUGAUGAGGAUACUGUAAAAACUGGCAGUCCACAGGCCAGCUCAACUUCAUCUCUGCAGCUCUCAGAAUGUACUGGAGGUUAUAGCAAUAUAUCUGUAAUGGUGGAGGGUACCGCAGCCACCCCUGAUUUUGCAGCUGCUUGUCCUGUCUCAGGCACUGAAGCCUCACCAAAACACACCAGCACAACUGAAGCGCUCGCCCACUCAGACGAUGCUGGACAGGGAGCGAGAGGAAACGAGAAUAACAUCAAUCGCAGGAACAGCUUUCAUCAUUCCAAACAAUCGCAACAAACGAAACUAACAAAGCGCCGCAACACAGCAAACUCUAGUUUCAAGCAGCCGGCAUCUGGCAAGAGGAGACGAAGGGCCAACUCUGAGAGUGACUCCGUCCUGCCUACCAACUUCCUUCUGGGUGGGAACAUUUUUGACCCGCUGAAUCUCAACAGCCUGCUGGAUGAGGAGGUCAACAGGGCCCUGAAUGCAGAGACGCCCAAAUCUUCCCCGCUGCCAGCAAAGAGUCGAGAUCCUGUGGAGAUUCUCAUCCCCAGAGACAUCACAGAUCCACUGAACCUGAACAGCGGGCUAGCAGACAGCAGCUUUUUGGUGUCCCCCUUCAGGAGUGGUGGCAGGAAGAGACACCGCAACAGACACCAUGGAGGAGGUGGAGGAGGGGCAGGUGGUGGUGCAGGAGGAGGUGGCGGUGCAGGAGGAGGAGGAGGGGGCGGUGCUGGAGGAGGUGGAGGUGGUGGUAGUGGAAUUUCGACCACACAGAUCAACCUCUCAGAAUCAGCAAAAAAUGAGGUUAAAGCUCUCCCCUCCACACCGCUUCCAGGUAUGUUAGCCUUGUGUUCUGCAAUAGAUGUCUCCAAAGAGUCCAACAGUUUCUCCAGUGUCCCUGGGGAUUCACAUGAGCACUCAGCUGACAACUCAGCCAGCUGCAAGGAGGAAAUGACAUCUGUAUCUUUAGAGGAUUCCACUUCCUCCUUAUCGGGGCCACCAAACCAGCACACAAGCAGACGCAAGCGUAGGCGCAACUCUGGCAAAAUGGAGCCCCCUGUGACCCAUUCUACACCACUUGGAAAGUCAGGAUCUGGAGACGGGAGUUGUGGUACAUGGGGAUCGAGAAAUUCCCAGUCCUUCCACACACCAAGGAGUGGUGCCAAAACAGGGCCAGGAGGGCGCCAGCACCAGCAACUCCACAACCAGGCGAAGGAGCAACAGAAGAAGAAGUUCCAGUAUGGGAACUACAACAAGUACUAUGGCUACCGCAACCCAGGCGCUAGUGAAGACACACGGGUACGUGUGCUUCGCCCAGAAUGGUUUGAAGGUAAAGACGUUUUGGAUUUGGGGUGCAACUCAGGCCACCUGACGCUCUAUAUUGCCAAAAUGCUAAGACCUGCCAGCAUAUUGGGCCUGGAUAUCGACAGUGGUCUGGUACAUGCAGCCCGUAAGAACAUCAGGCAUUAUCUGUCUGAACUGCAGACCCAAAAAGCCAGGCAUGCAAUUCAGGAGAAAAAGAGCACAAAGCAGGAGGAGAGCAAUGGUGGUCUCACAGGCACAGACGAGAAGCACAAUGAAGCCGAGAGCAAGGAUGAAAACGGGAAACCAGUGAAAGGACAAAGUGGCCCUGCAGAGGCUGUAAAUGACAAUGAGUCCUGUCGCACAGAUGAGACGGGGACCCAGAGGCAAGAUGGCAAAACAGAGGAAAUGGAACAGGAAGAUUGCGAUUCACCCCCCGCUGAUCACUCUGUGAGCUGCUCUUUUCCUGUGUCCCUACGGAUCUCCAGGGGGCCCAUUGCUGCACCUCCACUAACGGAAACAUCCACCACACGGCCCGGAGAGUUCCCCUCUAAUGUGUCCUUCAUCAAGGCCAAUUAUGUACUGGAGAACGACAAUCUUCUUUUGACUCAGCGGCCAGAGUACGACGUGAUCAUGUGCCUGAGCGUGACCAAAUGGGUUCAUCUGAACUGGGGAGAUGGUGGCCUCAAGCGUCUCUUCAAGAGAGUCUACAGACAUCUGCGUCCCGGAGGCAUGUUCAUCCUGGAGCCACAGCCCUGGGAGUCCUAUGUGAGGAGGAAGAAGCUGACGGAUAAUAUUAAUAGGAAUUUUCAGAGCAUCCGCCUCAAACCUGACCGGUUUUCAUCAUACCUUACAACAGAGGUGGGCUUCACCAGCUCUGAGUACCUUGGAGCCCCCAAGUGUUCAAUAAGAGGUUUUCAGAGGCCCAUCUACUUAUUUCACAAAUGACCGCUCCUGCCUUGAAGAUCAUUGAAUACGCUGAAGAUGAGAAGCAGAAAGGAGAAUGGGACCAAGAGUGGAAUUAAUUUCGUAAAGUUGAGAUCUGUCGAGACGAGGCACCUAUCAGAAUCGUCUGUGACUACAAAUUCUUAAAGUAUGGAGUGAAAACUCAGACAGGACUCCACAAUGGCCAGACUGCGGGAGAGGUGCUCAUCUAAUCAUUCCCUUGGACUAUCCUAAUGCUAAUGAUGCUCCAGUUUGAUGCACGGCCAUAACAUGUUUGAAAAUCUUUGGCCAUUUAUUUUUACUUGUUCUGUGCCACCACAUCUCCAUACAUUAUACAUUAUACAUAUUAGGGUUGGGCGAUAGGGCAGACUUUUUUCCAAAUAGCCAACAUCACAACUUUAACUGGUGAUUAACUACAACACUGUAUUGCAAAGCCAUUAAACUGAUAUGAUGUCUCUUAAUAAGCCACACUGGAGUGCGGGUAAUGUCUUUGAUGCUGUGCAGACUAUCAGUGAAUGAAGCCCUCUACUGCCGGCUCCUUUGCAACUACUGAUGGCAUGCAAAUUGUGCUCUUGGUAGUUAAAUCUGUGCAUCAUGUUUACAGCCUUGAAUCCCGUUUUGCCAGACAUAUAAAUUCAAAUGUUUAGGUGAAUUGAAAACAGCCAAACAAAUUCCAUCAGCCAUAGAUUUGGUCUAUAGUCGAUGUCCUGUAUUUGUCUCAUCUUCCAACCCUAAUAUAUAGUUUGUUUUGUCAUUAUUUUUGCAAAAUAGGCCAUAGAGCUGAAUGAACUUUAACUUGUUACAGAGCUGUGAAAACGUAUAAGUCCACAUUUUGAAAUGGACAAUAUCAAAAUCUCCUAAAUUGCACAAACCUAAGACUCUAUGAAGUGAGAAGUGGCGUGUCUAAGUGAUAAAGACAAUGAUGCACGAUGAGGAAGGUGCUCUGAAAAACAGCCAAAACAACAAACCUCUGGUGAAAUGGUGAACAGUGCACAGCCACGAUAUGUUCUUCAGAAACAGUCAGUUCCUUGACCAGUUUCAUGAUGUUUGACAGUCCUCAAAUAAUAGAUUCUGCCAUAACAACAUGGAGACAGUACGUAGUUUUAGCAGGCCUACUACCACGGGGAACAGUACUUAAUAUAGUACCACACACCUGACCUCAGCUAAAAAUAUUAAAUCCCAAAGUGCAGAAAUCAGAUUUCUACAUUUUCGAGAGAGUUUUGGCUGUUUUUGAAUGUAAACUUUCUACAAGCUGUCAGGCCUGUGUCAUUUAUUUCAGAGUUUGGACUGAUAAGGAAGCAAAAAAAUCACUUCAUGGGUUCUUGAUGCCUUUUUUUGAUGCUCCAUCCUAAUGGUAGGGGGCACGUUUGAGCUGUGGUGUCGGUUCAGCUCCAGAUAACACAGCACAGAGACCACGUGGACUAUUUUGCAAGGUUAAUCUGUAGCAUGCAGUGAUUUUUAUUAUUUUUUUAAUGACAGGUAAGCCAUAGCCCUACUUUUUUUUUCUAUGUUUACCAUGUCUACAAUGAGCAUAAUUAAGGGUCAAAUAUAAGGCAGAUGGUCUUCUAAAGCGUCUUCAAUGCUGUAUAACUCGGACACAUGCAUUGUUUUGUGUGGUCUGAUCCCCACUACUGGACAGGGAUUCAUUCAAACAGCAUCAAACUGUUUCCAGCUCCUGAGUUGGACUCAACUUCUGUAAGGCUGAACAAAAAUUUACAUUUGUAGAAAAUUGACUGUUAUUAUAAAAAAAUUAUAAAAUACAUCCACACGACUUUGUACCAAAUUGAAAUAUUAAUAUGCUGUUUGUAUUGAAGCGCUGCCAAAAUAUUUGAUAGAUCUUUUGCUCUUGAAUAUGACAAAAUAUGCCAUCUUUGGCCUAAUGGCGACCGUUAUGAUUUACAGGUAGUCGGUCUCUGUAUCUUUACUGGUGUUCAACCUUUCAAGUGGCUGCGACUGGAAAAUCUUCCUUUUUUGUGAAAGGUUCAAUUUCAGCAGUUCGGCACGCUAGAGUAGCAGAUGAUGGAGAAGAUGGGUGAUAUGUUUCUAUUUUAGUAAGUGAUCAAUGUAAAUAUGUUUGCAGAAUUUGUCAAUAUUAAGUUCAUAACUGCUUUUGUCAUUUUCCCAGUGGAUUUUUUGUGUGUGUGUGUGUGUUUUCAAAUGUUUGCUGCCAAGAGUCAGAGUUUUUUUGUCCUAAAUGGGACCGUUAAUCCAGCUCUGUAACAACAAAUUAAUAUGUACAUUGCUAAAUUCUGUUGUGUUCGCUUUGUUCUGUCCUGGCAGGCACAUGGAUUGUUAGAUUGGCUCUUUAUUUUUUUAUAAACUGUUUGAAAGGAC